ACAAAACGCCAUCUUGAAAUGGGAAACACAUUUUAAAAACUGUGUAAAAUAAAGGACUACAAUUUAAGAUUUUUAAAUUCCCAAUUUCUAAAAAAAAAAAAAAAAAAAAUGAAAAAUGGUAGAUAUUUAAUGAUGAAACACGGGAAAUUUGGUCGACAUUUAAGCAAAAAUGUCUUCCUCUGGUACUGCUCCAGUGCCCCCCACGCAACCACGCAAAGCAGUUGCCUUACCAAAAGCUAAAACUCCCACACAUCUUUCAACAAUACAAUUUCACAGACAAAAGAAUGCAUUAAAUCUUAAACGUGAGAAAAUCAAACAAUAACGAGAUAUUUGCCAUGUUUAAUGACUAUCAACUCUUAACAAGGACUAUAUAGAUAGAUAGAUAGAUAGAUAGAUAGAUAGAUAGAUAGAUAGAUAGAUAGAUAGAUGCUGAUAUACCGUUGUUGGUGUAGAAUACUCAAAUUCAGUUGUUUACCGUAUCGAAAGACACUGAAUAAAUCUGUUCGAGGCCCAGCGCCAACCCAAAUCCAGCGUUUAGCUGAACCCACAGCUUCAGUGCAUUCUUUUUGUAGACUGACCGGUGACAACGCAUAAGAUUAAUUUAUUGUGUAUUUCUUCCUUUACCAUGCAAAUAAACAUUUGUGAUUGAUUGAAGAUCACGUUCCAUUGAGACCACGUAUUUUUAACACCUUCUUCGACCUUUGCUUACAAUUAACAAGCUUCAGACUGUAAAUAAAAAUAAAGAAUAACAAUUUGAUUUGUCGAAUUCUUUCAGAAAGCUAGGGUUUGUAUUCUCACCCAUGUCAUUGGUCCACUGGAUCAUGUGACAGUAAAUUCAUCCUCAGCUCAACCUUGUCCCUGUGAAUUCAAUAGACACAUACUUUAAUAAGUGCUAUAGCUGCUAAACCGUUUUAUAAUAUAUUUUUAUAUACAAUUUGAAAUAUACUUCCUAUAAUAUUUUGUAAGAAAAUUCCUAAAACGCCCGAGUAAGCAAAGAUGAACAGCGGGUUUGAUAGAGAGGUUGGAUUUAUCAACAGCGAGCCGUCCUUAGCGGAGUGCCUUACAUCCUUUCCUCCUCUUGGUGAGACAUUUCAAAGUUCAUCAAUCAAAAACUCGUCGCUUUCAGAUUCGACACUGAUUCCUCCUCCCUUUGAACACGGCAUUCUGAACUCUGGAAACACAUUUCAAAAGGAGAGAACGCAAACUUCGCAAGAUAUUGACAGAGCAGUCUUAGGGAGCAAACCUUUGGAAUACCCAUGGAUGAAAGAGAAGAAAACACAUAAAAAGAAAAGGCAUGCUCCGCCAGCCACAUUUUCCUCUGGAUCUUCCAAUGAAGAUAACGAAGAAUUUCAGGAAAACUGCACUGGUGACCUAUUUGACAACUCGAGAAGACUACGCACAACCUAUACCAAUACCCAGCUUUUGGAAUUAGAAAAAGAAUUCCAUUAUAACAGGUACCUCUGCAGACCAAGGAGAGUAGAAAUCGCAGCUCUUUUAGAUUUGACUGAAAGACAAGUCAAAGUGUGGUUCCAAAACAGGCGUAUGAAACUUAAAAGGCAAUCUCGGUUUAAAGCAGGGAAGACACCGCUAUGUAAAGGGAUUAGAGAAAGCAAGUGUGUUAAUAACGCCUUUAUUACUGGAGGCUCGCAAACAAUGAUGGACCUGGACGCUUUAAAGACUCUAGAGUCUGAAAAUACUGAAACAGAUGCAUCAAACCCUUACCAUGAAAAUAUACUGAAAGAACCUGCUCCCAUUCAGGGAAACGCAAACCAUGACGACUUCCAUAAUUCCAAUGAAACUGACUGUUCGCUGACUAAUCCAAGGACUUUCUCAUCUGCCACCGAUGGUUCAGAAAGUUUUAAUAUGACAACAUUAGAGGAUUUAGAUACUAUUUCAAUCGAUCCUUUUACAAUAGAUUUACCUAAGCUGUCAAUACUUGACAAUGACACAACGGACAUUCCUUCUGACACCUUUAACUUUUUGGUUGAAAAUAUUUGCACAACAGAUUUUCAACAGUUGCCAUUUUAAUGUUUAUUAUACAAUGUAUGUCAAUGUGCUCCAAAAUAAAUAUGACAAGAUGCAUCACCCGUUUUUUGUUCU